GUGCUAGAGGUAGAAGGGGUCAGCUCAUGUGAGAUCACCCAGAGGCCAGGCUAUCCCGAGAACUUACCAUCCUUCUUGAUCUUCUCAUUGAGAUUGUUGAUAUAAAUAGUGUGGUUGGGACGGGUCUCAGGAACUGCCAUGGUGUGAGAUGCUCACAGCUUAAAGGGAGAAAAAGAGGCGACUUCAGCCCUACGUUUCCCAAAAUUCUUGAUUCUAAAGGCCUGAUGGGCUCUGAUCAGAGUUCUGGGAUCCUUCCAAGAGUAAACUGGGUAAGCUCGGAAUGGGGGAGGGGGGGGAAUAAGGGCACAGCUUGGCAACAAAGCCAGCGUAGGACUCCGCUUCUCCAGCCCGCGUGCUAGGGGAAUCUAGAAGGUAACUACGAAUCCCAGAAUGCCCUACGAGUCCCGGCAGGCAGAGCGUACCAAGCGGCGAUUCCAAUUAGUCCACGCGCGCGAACGGCGCCCCGGGAGGAAAAAAAGAACCCGGAUGUCGGAGCCAGUUAAGAAAGUAGGGGCCGAUUUUAGACAUCCUAGUCUCUCAAAGAGAGGCCUCCCGAAAUAACGCGGCCGAAGGCCGGACGCCAAGCGGCGUCUACACCCGCGAGAAUUCACCACCUGAGCCGCCGCGCCUGCCACGCUCCCCUGCUCAGGCACACGGCUUCCUGUCCUGGCCCCGGUUUCCCUCUCCGCGAGAUGCUCGCCACGCGCAAACUCGACCAAUCGAAGAAAGCUACGAGCUUUUGGCCAAUCGGGACAUUACUAGGACUCUAGUGCCUUCCAGACUGCCUUUCGGAAGCCACACCUCUUCCCCUUCCGCCAGUGGCCUUGAACCACGUGAUCAACUGUGGGCGGUGAGAAAGGACGAUGGAGUCUGGCAGGGUCAACGCCGUUUGCUCCCGGUGGGAAGCGAGUAUAAGUUCCUAAGUUCCGUUCCUUAGUCGACCCUUGAUCGCUGAGCCGCUGCUACUCUCUUACUUCCCGACUGAUUCCAGGACCUUGCCACCACUAGGCUGUUUUCCCAGCCGACUGGUCUCUUGACCUCUAACUCCUACGGGCAACCUUAACGUUCCAAAUUCGAGCCAGGGAUGUAAGAUGAGGCAAGUCACCCCAACCUCAUCCCAGAUCUGAGCAUCCUUAAUACGGAAGUGACCAAAACCAGCUAGCUCCAGUGGAUGAAAUGACAGGACAUCUUCAAAAGUUCCUCCUAAUAUUUCCAUGUGCGGGCCUGAACGCCACAUCCAGUUGCUCUAAAACCUGAAACUCCAUCCUUGAGAUUUGGGAGGGUCCUUUCUGGCUCUCACAUCGGCUCGUCCUGAAGACCCCACAUGACUUCUCCAUGCUCUGUCCCCCUAAAGCCCACAAUCCCCCCAGUAACCCAAGACCCCAAUAUUCCACCUCCUUUACCCCCAAAUCCUCUGGACUUAGCUUUGCCAUCCCCUCCCUGUAGUCUCCAGGCUUCAGUUCCACCCCCACCCCCACUGCCUCCUCCACCCUCUACUGUGGAGGUUGUUCCCCCUCAUGUCUACGGCCUGGAGAAGAGCCAGCUGCUGAAGGAGGCCUUGGAGAAGGCUGGCCCAGUCCCCAAAGGCAGAGAAGAUGUGAAGAGGCUCCUGAAGCUGCACAAAGACCGGUUUCGAAAUGACUUGCAAUGGAUCCUCUUUUGUGCCGACCUGCCAUCGCUCAUCCAAGAAGGCCCUCAGUGUGGACUGGUGGCCUUGUGGAUGGCAGGUAGUCUUCUGUCAACCCCGGACACUGACAGUGUCUCUCUGGAAAGACUGGUGCGGGUAGCCAUGGAGAGAGGCUACACGGCACAGGGAGAGAUGUUCUCUGUGGCUGAUAUGGCCAAACUGGCCCAGGAGACCUUGGACUGCCAGACUGAGCUUCUCUGUGGUGGCCUGGGUGGUCCCAACAGACAUCGGGUCCUGCAGCACCUCAUCACUGGACAUCCCUUGCUCAUCCCCUAUGAUGAGGAUUUCAACCAUGAGCCGUGCCAAAAGAAAGGCCAUAAAGCCCACUGGGCAGUGAGUGCAGGGGUCCUGAUAGGUGUGCAGAGUGUACCGAUAUUUGGCUACACGGAAGACUCUGAGUUGCCAGGCCUCUUCCACCCAGUGCCUGGCACACCCUACCAAUCACCAUCCCUCCCAGAGGAGAGCUCCCCAGGUGCCAUCUUCCUUCUCUCCAAGCAGGGCAAGAGUUGGCAUUACCAGCUGUGGGACUACAACCAAGUCCGGGAUAGCAACCUGCAGCUGACGGACUUCUCUCCUGCCAGGGCCGCAGAUGGACGGGUGUACGUGGUACCUGCUGGUGGGGUACAGGCUGGCCUCUGUGGCCAGGUCCUGCUGCUUAGACCACGGGAGUGGAGCCAUUAGCUGGGGCUGGGGCACCUGCCUUGAAGUUCCCUCCAUCACCAUUAGAGUGCCUCAGCUUCAUCCCCUGUGUGACAUCUGUAGUCCAACCUGUAUCUUGAGGGCCUUCGGCCUUCUGCUAGAAAUCUCUCACACAAUCACCCCAUCUGUGGCAUCACAAGCUUGACCACUGUCCAAAGUCUAAAUUCAUCACUUGCAGGAUUAAGCAUG